AAGGGAACCCUUUUUUAGCAUCCAUCCAGUGGAAGAGGAUAAGGCCAAAUAAUAAUAAUAAUAAUAAUUAAACCCUAAACCCUAAACCCUAAACCUUAUCUAUUUAAUUUUUACCCUCCAAAAAAAAAAAAGAGCAGGUAAAUAUUCUAGAACCUUAUUAUUUUCUUGCCAAAAUUAUAAAUAUGCCAACAAAUCAAUAAAGAUUUCUCUGUCUUACGUUUGUGUCUAUCCCAAUCUCAUCCUCAUUCUAACACACACACACUCUCUCUCUGUGUUCAGUUUGGGGAGUUGAUGAUGGGUCUUGAAACGGUGGGGCCACGCGCCUCCGUGUUAUUGCACGCGCCGGGGAAGGAUGUGGCCGAGGAGCAGUGCUGUACGUCGUCGUCCUCGAUCGGAAGGAACAGCGAUGUGUCGUCGGAGAGAUCAAUGGGGGAAUGUGAUGGAGAAAACGAGGCAGAGAGUGUCUAUAAGGGACCCUUGCACGCCAUGGAGACAUUGGAAGAGGUUCUUCCCAUAAGGAGAGGCAUCUCAAACUUUUAUAAUGGCAAGUCCAAAUCAUUCACGAGCUUGGCUGAUGCUACCUCCUCACCAUCAGUGAAAGACAUAGCAAAGCCAGAAAAUGCUUACAGCAGAAAGCGUAGGAAUUUGAUGGCAUUCAGUCAUGUGUGGGACAAGAAUCGAAAUUGCUCUUUAAGAAGCAAUGGUGGGGGGAUUUCUAAGAGAUCAAUCAGCUUGAGUAAAAGUGCUCUGGCUCUUGCAGUUGCCAUCAACAACUCUGAAAGCAGCAGCAGUAUUACAAGUGAGGAUUCUACUUCCAGCUCAAAUCCGUUACCCUCACCUCUACCACCACUUCAUCCACGAUACAGAGUGUCAUCUUCUGCUGCAGUUCCAUCCUCACCUUUGCAGAGGAAUUUCUCUUCCUGGCGAUCAUUUUCCGUGGCUGAUCUACAGCACCAUUGUGCCAUUGCUGCAACAAUAAAGAUGUCAAGCUCCAUUGGAAAUGAAGCAGCUCAUGGAUCAUAGUAAACAAACUAUGUUUAACCUUUUUAUUUUUACUUCAAUUGAAUGAAUAUCUUGCUCUAGUCCAUUUGUGAGAGCAAGAAGUAGAAAACCAUAGACGAAUCUUUGCGUACGAUAUCUUCAAAUUAACUACAGUAGGAUAUGAAAUGGCAGGCCAUUUGAGCAUUAACUCCUUUUAUUUGUCCUUGUAUAAUGAUGGAAAAUCAAUGUCCAUAUAAAUGCUAAACUAAGUUUCCUUAAGCUCCUUAUGAACAUAGCCAGGCCUACCAGAUUGGCAAAAGCGUCCACUUAAUAAAUAAAUUCUGUUUCAAGUGUAACGCUGCCAUUGACUGGCUACAUAAUAUGUAAAUGUUGCAAAAACGAAACAAAGCGGAACAUCUACUGGUAAGGCCUUUUUAUC